UCUAUCAACUAUUUUCAAACCUUUUUUUCAUCUCCACAUUCUAAUUCACAUUUAGAGAGAGAGAGGAUUUUUUGAGAUGAAGGAGGCGACCUAUGGAGUCUCUGCUUGCGUGAUUGCAUCGUUUUUUGUUCUCUCAAUCGCUUUGGUAUUUUUUGUUUCAGGUAAUUUUAGUUCUUUCAAGUUCUUCACUGGUUCGAAAUCCGAAUUCAAAGUUCCGAUUGUGGAGUUGCAGACCAAGCUUACCAGCACUUCCGAUGAGUUCCAAGUUCGAUCCACCACCACUAAUUCAUUCAGAAAUCGGACUGUUAUUAGAGAGAAAAACGGAGGACUGGAGCGCGGACUAGCACGAGCAAGAGCUUUGAUUCGGACGGCGGCCGCUCUGAGUCCAAACAUGUCAUUGACCCUCCCCGACGGUGAUGGUGACGUACACACCGGUGACAUUUAUCGAAAUUACGGCGAAUUUUACCAGAGUUACACCGAAAUGGAGAAAAGAUUCAAGGUGUACGUGUACGAAGAAGGCGAGCUACCCUUAGUCCAUGAUGGGCCGUGCAAGAACAUAUACACGACGGAAGGGAGAUUCAUACACGAGAUGGAGCACGGAGGAGGGAGGUUCAGGACGAGGGAUGCAAACCGUGCUCACGUUUAUUUCAUGCCCUUCAGUGUCACCUGGAUGGUGAAGUACCUCUACAAGCCUCUCUCUUACAACCUCACUCCACUCAAAAACUUUGUCUCUGAUUAUGUGAGGGUCAUCUCCACCAAGCACCCUUUUUGGAACAGGACUCAUGGGGCUGACCACUUCAUGCUUUCUUGUCAUGAUUGGGGGCCUCAUGCCUCACAAGGUGACCCAGUCCUCUACAACACAUCAAUCCGGAUCUUAUGCAAUGCCAACUCCUCCGAAGGUUUCAACCCACAAAAAGAUGUCAGCCUCCCUGAAAUCCAUCUCUACACCGGCGACAUCUCCCCCAAACUCCUCUCGCCUCGGCCACCAAACACUUCCCGGCCCUACCUUGCCUUCUUCGCAGGCGGCCUCCACGGCCCCAUCCGCCCCAUCCUCCUCAACCACUGGAAAAACCGCGACACCGACCUCCCAAUCUACGAGUACCUCCCCAAAGGCCUAGAUUACUACUCUUUCAUGCUUCAAUCCAAAUACUGUCUAUGUCCAAGUGGUCAUGAAGUGGCUAGCCCUAGAAUUGUGGAGGCCAUUUACGCUGAAUGCGUCCCUGUGAUCUUGUCAGAUCACUAUGUGUUGCCUUUCAGCGAUGUGUUGCGAUGGGAGGGGUUUUCGGUGCAGGUUGAGACCGAGAAAAUUCCGCAGUUGAAGGAGGUUUUGAUGGGUAUUUCGGAAGAAAAGUACAUGAGGUUGAAAGAAGGUGUGAGAGCUGUGAGGAGGCAUUUUGUGUGGAACCAGCCAGCUGAGAGGUUUGAUGUGUUUCAUAUGAUAUUGCAUUCUGUAUGGCUUAGGAGAAUCAAUUUAAGACUUGUAUAGAUAGACAGAUAUGCACUGUAAUAACAGUGAUUACAUAGCUUAAUUUUUUUUUUAAGGGUUUGAUUUAA